AUGAAAAUAUUUCCCAAAUUUGAAGCACAGAUUUCUUGCAGACAGCCAAGUGUGGCGGAAAAGAAGGCAAUAGCCUUGGUAUUAAGCAAAGAAGAGGAAGCAAAAAGAUCGUUAGCUCAAUGUUAUGGUGUGCUAGUACUCGGUCUAGGAUUGGAAGACGCCCAUCACAUGCAUUGUGGAAGGUGUGUACUACUUCCUGUAAAAGCAAUUAUUAUUGUUUCUUCUAUCAACUUACAUAUCUUUCUAAUAACAUUUUAUUAUUAUACAUUUACUUGUAUAUUAACUAUUACUUAUUUGUAUUGUGAUAAACCAAAUCAAUAAAUCGUUCAUUCAUUCAUUCGUUCAUUCAUACUCUUAUGAAAACCAUCUCUGAUGAUAAGGCUUCUUCACAAAAGAUUGUUUUAAAUUAAAUUAAAUUAAAAUUAAGUUAACGCAUGACGUUUUUUAGCAUAAUUCUAGCCUGAAUAUAUUUUGAUAUCCACAGCUGUAAAAUUUAUAUUUUUUAGAAAACGAAAUUCUGCAACGCAGAGAGACCGUGAUCUUUACGAGGUAAUGACUAGUAUAUAAUAUGACCGAAGCUGCGGUCAAAAGAGCCAUAAACUAUGAAAUCUUGGUUAUGCACUGGCUUUUUGUGAUAGGGGAAAUAUCUGAAAGGCUUUUGGAGAAUACACACCCUUUAUCAUACCUAAUGAGAAAUACCGUGCAGUUAUUUUUUCCAUCGACAUGCAUAAAAUGUUGCAGAAGUUACAAUUUUCCUUCAACAAGUUAUGAUCAGCCUUCACCAAAUCUUUCACAACUUCCUUUCAGAAGUAUUUACGAUAAAAAACUCAGCUUCAUUACAUUUCUCAAUGUUCUUUGUUUUUUCAGAAUUUGUACAAUUUCGUUGCAAACGUAACAUGGAUUACGUUCCGAAGACCGAACUUAGAUGUUAUAGAAAAAGAAUUAGGAAGGUAUAAUUGAAUAUCUUUCAUUGCUUGCGUUCUAGUUUUUCGGUCACAUUUUUCAGAACGUAUAUAACAGCAGAUUUUUUUUAGAUUACUGCGAUCGGACACAUUCAAUCCAGCCAUAAGACCAAAACACAUACAAGGUAUGGGAACUGUCUGUCUCUCUUAGAAAGCUGUAACAAUGACUUUUUGACCAUGAAAGCAUUAGUAAUUUGGUAUAGGUAAUUAAACUAAGCUAUCUAUUGCAUAAAAUUCAAGGCACAAGUUUCAAAAAGUACGAUUUCCAGCUAGUACGAAAGGUAGUCAUGCAUGUAUAUGUUUGCGAUGUUGUCCCUUAAGCCUGAUUUCCACUAGGCGGAAUUUUGCGCGCGGAGCGGAAUUUUUCUUUGUCUUGUGAUUUCUCAGGUGGAACUAAUUAGAAAUGACAAAAAAAUUUCCGCUGCGCGCGCAAAAUUCCGCCUAGUGGAAAUCAGGCUUAAGUGCGUCCAUACCGGGCAAGCUGAAGUGCUUGACCGCGAUGGGAAUCGAACCUUUGGUUUACUAUAGUCCAUCUAUCAUAUAUCUUCACCUGAGUACUACCUGAGUGCUUAUAACCCCAGAAAACAAAAAAUCAAGGCGGUCAUGUGUUGGCAAACUAAUUCGCUCCCCCCCCCCCUCGCUUCCCAAUAGCCCUAAAUGUUUGUGGUUAUUAGUAGAGAAAAUGAGAUGAAAGCAUGACCUUUGAGUAUUAUUCCAAGUUACAGGAUUGGUUAUAGGUAACCAGACUUGCUUGCAGACAGACUGCAUGGGUAGCCCGCAUCUGCGAAUAAGAGUACUUACUACCUUUUCUUACAGAAAUUUACGCUAAAGAUCGUCUAAAGCGUGACAGUGUAAAAGAACCACUCACUCCAGCUGAAUACAGGAGAUUACAACAGUAUGUAAUAUACGUGUUUUUAUACAGGGUUCGUCCACCUCCCAUUUAAAAUUCCAUGACUUCCCAUGACCUUUUUUUUCAAAAUCCAUGUCCUGGAAGUCUGGAAUUUCUGAAAUUCGUUAAUAUUUUAACGAUAACAGAUCUAAUAAAAGACAAAAUUCACUUCGCUCUUGCAACAGCAAUUCAUAUUAUUAUGACUGGUAAAUUGAAAUAAGUAAAAUACUUUGUUAAUGUUAUGUAAAAUUUCAAUUUUCCACGACUUUCCAUGACCAAAAUUGAUUUUCCAGGAUUUCCAGGCCUGGAUUUUGGAGUAUUGAAAUUCCAUGACUUUCCAGGUUUUCCAGGACCCGUACAAACCCUGUUUAUAGCAAUCUCUCGAAUUUACUCAGUCCUUAAGUUUUAUCUGCAUUUUCUCAUUAUAGAAAGCGACCAGCUAUCAAGUCAAUCGUAAAGUAAGUAUACUGUACAUAUUUUGCACUUAAUGCUAAAUAUUCCAUCCAUUCCUUGUUAACCCUGGCAAUGCGCCCUGAUGAGCCCUACUUUAUUAUUCCACUCUGUCUAACGCCAGACGAUAUUACUUGUCAAGGUGUGAGUGCUGCCACAUAAUGGGUUAAAUGUAUGACAAAUUUCCCGUAAAAUAUUAUGACAAUUUUAUCACGGAUUAUUUGCCAAUAUUUCUGUUACAGUCAGAGGUCGCCAGUCAUCUCAGCAUUAAUUCCAACAUCGAUUGAGGCAGCAAAACAGUGCAAAACCAGACAAGAAGUCAAUUCCCUUGUCACGAUGUAAGUUGGGUUGCACGUUUCAAACUGAAACAAUGUAAAGAGCACAUUUAAUCAUAUCCUCACGCGAAUCUGCGCUAUAACAGAUCGUUCGAGUUUGUAUUAUAGAAAUCUUAAUUUUAUAGUAGAUCAAGUAUUACGCAGGGCUUUCAAAAUAAGCAAAAUAAGCUUUCAAUUCUGCUCUCAUUCCUCCAACUCUAAGCUUUCAACCAAAGUUAUUGUUCUUAAACUUGGUCUAUACUUUAUAGCCUGGUUAUAUUCGAGAACGGCGCACUAUUUCGUAAAAUCGAUUUAGUUAUUUGCCAUCUUAAAUCUUGAAGUUAUCUUCUUGAAGAGUGAAAGUAGUGACACAUUAUAAUUUGGUUACGGAGCUCAGUUGUGUUGCUAUCUAAUCAAUAUAAGAGAGUUUGAGCAAGACAACGAAGUCGGACGACGACGACGCGUUGUUGACAAUUUUUGCCUGUCUUGCACAUUAAUAUACCUUGCGCAUUCUGAGUUUAGGGUCAGGAGUAAAGACAGAUUAGAGAUUCAUGUCUAGCUGUUUGUGAAUGCUGACUCAAAUCCUUACCCUGAUCAGGAUAAAACAGCGAGACUUGAAUCCAUAUCCCGUCUUCGUUCUUCUGCCUUCGUUCACAACGAAUAUUUUGGCAAAAUUCGUCAGUGUGAACUUCGUUCUGCACGAAGGCAGAAGGACAAAGACGGGAUAUAGUUUCAUGUCUCGCUGGUUUUUUUCUGGAUCAGGUCAAGAAUUAGGGUCAGUAUUCAUAAACAGCCACACAUGGGAAGACACGUUGAGCAACCACCAGUGACGUCCAACUCAGUAUGCGCAAGAUAAUGUGCAGACGGCAAAAAUUGUCAAGUAUGCCUUCGUCUUCGUUGUCUUGCUCAAACUCUCUUAAGACCCCCUAGACCGCCCCCUCCCAACAGCAGCCUACUUUAUCAAAACAGACACCUACUCAGAAUAAUUCUGAAAGCCCUGAUUACGCUUACCUAAUUUCUUACUUAGCAUGUAGUAAUACACUACUUUACAACAAUUGUGAUAUUACUUUCUUAACUGUGUUUAUCCCAACCAUUAAAAUGAUACUAACCCACCCUGUCAACUUUCCCUGUGGGAGGAAACUGGAGCACCCGGGGGGAACCCACGACUUUCGGCAGAGCGUUGACUGACCCUUCACAUAAGUAGGCAAUGAGAGAAUCGAACCCACAAUCUGACCAAUCUCGUAGGUGAAAGCAGUGAGCUCAAUAUAUCUGGAGCAAUAACUUCAGUCCAGUAGGACUAUGAGAAAUGUGAAGGCAAGAUGGCGGCUAUGGAGAUCCAAUAGCUCUGAAGGUCGUAAACAGCUUUUAUAUAUAUCAUUUUCCCCAGCUAAAUCCAGUUUUUGCUAAGGGACCUUAUCGCCAAUCAAGUUUUCAGUUCAUAAAAUCAUAAUAUUAGUCUUUAAAUGUAAGUCAAAAUACGAAAUUUCGGCACACUCCUUGCCAAGAUGGCGGAAAUUGAAGGGGCUAUUGUACGUGAGUUCCAGCCCUUUCUAUUGCUUUUGUCUGCCUCCUCCACAGGCCCACCGAAAGUCCUCUGCAAGUGUUUAUGCAGGCGCUGUUCACUGAGUUAAUAAUGUAUAUCUUAUGCUAUUAAUUUAAUUUGCCUUCACAGGGACUACAAGCACACAAUGGAAUUUCCUCAAAGGUAGAGCAGUUUUAAAGAAGUUUUAAACCUUUGUACUUUUCUAUAAAAAAAAAUUAACCCAUUAAGCUGCAAUGUCCCGAAAUAGGUUAACCAUUCAUGUGCAAAACUGCCUCUCCCAAGUCGGGCGCAUUGCAGCUUAAUGGGUUAACAAAUCUGCCAGUAUAUAUUAUUCCACUCUAUCUAAUGCCAGAUGAUUGUACUAUUCAAUGAGAGAGUCCAGUGCAUUAAUGGGUUAGACAGUAUCGUCUCAUAUUUAAUAAUCAUUGAGUGCCUACUACUGUUCUUUCAUUUUUCCUGUUAACAGAGUUGGAAUAAUUGGUGAACCGUUGUCAGGAUUUAAUGCGGAGACCUUAGUACCAGUUGGUCAGGAAGAUCAAGAAAUAAGUGAAGUUGAAAUCAUACCUGACGACUGUAGUAGCAACGAAUUGAAAUCCAGGUAUAAUAAUAAAAACAUAUUUUGAUAACUGCGUGGUAAAGGAUAUACAACUACCUGAAAAACAUAUUAAGGUGGCUCCCUACAGUUGUUUAAGCAUGGGACUGGUAACGAAGAUAGAAGUUCACAUCACAUGAUCCCAAACGAGCAUUUUUAUUGUUCUACUCUCGUUACAAUGGGCUUACUGUGCUGAGCGAAGGAAUGAAAAGACAUACGACAUUGUGUUGCCAUUGUAUUUUCUUUGGUUUUGCAUGGAAAAAACUAUUUUCUCAAUGAAAGUUUUUGACUUGACAAUGUAUACACUGGUACUGUUAUGCAUCGCAGUGAACGUAAAAACUGUUCAUUACUACAUUGCAAAGGCAGUAAUACAUUUUAUAUAAUAACUACAGUGAAACACGCAAUUUGAUUGGUCAAUAGCCGUGUAGGAUCAGGCUAUCCUGUACGAGGAAUUAAAAUGCCUUCGCGGGAUUUUCGCGGGAUUCUCAAAAUGUCAUUGUUUCACUGUUGUUAUUUUAUAAAACAAUUACCAAAUGGUUUUCCAAGCAGGAUAGCGUGAUCCAUGCACUUGGGAUGUUUCUCGACUUUCGGAAAGCGUAAAAAUACACUCGCCUGCGGCUCGCGUACUUUUACGCUUUCCGAAAGUCUCGCGACAUCCCUCGUGCAUGGAUCACGCAAUCCUGCACGGAAAACCAUUCGGUAUUCCUUUAGUAGUGACAUUUUACAACCUGGAAUAUAAUUAUUUUUAUGGCACCCCGCCAUCGCGGACUCUCGCUACUAAGGCCCACUUCCACUCAGGAAAGUUUUCCGCAGAAAGAAAAAUUUGUAAAAUGUAAUUGACCGACACAAAUUUUCCGUGGGAAAAAAAUUUUGAAGUCGAAAAUUUUCAACUUUUAAUGAUAUUUUCGGAAAAUUUUCUGUCCGUGGAAAAUUUCCAUGAGUCGAAAUGGGCCUUUACAGACACCAAAUGACCAUAGAUAUCUUAUAUAAACUAGAUAGCGCAUCUCUUUUAGUAAAAUUGAAGCCAAGAAUAUCCCAGCGGUUACCCCCAUUUGAAUAGAUGGCGGCCAUGUUGGAUCUUCCCACUCGCUAAUAAACGCUUAAAAAAUAACAAUAACUUUCAUCAUUUGAAUAGUUUGAAAAUGUAUUUAUAAUAGGAUUAACUUAAUGUUUAAGUUCCCUGUUUAAGAAAUAGGAUACAUACGAAUCUUCUCAUUUCAUGGGAAGAUCCUGAGCCUGCAAUCACGGCUUCAAUUUUUGAAUUGCAGAAUAAUUAGAUGCGCUAUCUAGUGUAUAUAAGAUAUCUAUGCAAAUGACGGACCCCAGUGCGCCCGGUAAAUAUCAAGAUUUUGUUGGCAUCUCACUCGAUUGGACAAUAAUAUUUGAAGGGUCUUGUAGAUGGGAAUUAUUGGGUGGAAACUUAUAUGCAUUUAUUAGACCUAACCAUGCAAGGAACAGCAGACUUGACUGUGGUUGAUUGCACUGUAUAAUAGCAACAUGAUAUUUCUUUUUUUCUAGUAAUGUUUUGUAUGGAUCAGCGGAUCAGAACUUUAUUCAAGAAGGUAAGAAAAUGAACUUGAAUAUGGACUAUAUGUAUGAUUAAGAUCCAUCGAAAUUUAAUUUAAAUUCAACCCUAUUUUUUCAGGCACGCAGAUAAAACAUCAAAUGGAUUCCUUACCAGUUGAAUAGAAAAUUUACCUUACAAAAUCAUAAUACUGAACAGAAUAUAAAAUUGGGAAAAAGAACCAAAGAUAUUUUAUACAUGUAAAUAUAUACUUUGUCAUAUGUACAGUGCUAUUUUAUUGUCAAAUAUGAUAAAUAUUUUUACCUAUAGUGCUUGGUGUCUAUUUAUUCGGAGUUUCUAUGAAUGCCUGUGCUUCAGGUGGAAUACUAAUGAGCAAUUCUUCAAGUUCAGUAUGUUGUACAUCCAUACUCACGCCUUCAGGGCAAUUUCUCUGAAUAUAUUCCAGGAAAACAUCUGAUGUUGUACCAGUUAACUCUUUGAACUAAAU